AUGUCAAGCCUACCACUUUUGUUGAACUUGGCCAACGACCUCAACCGCCUUUCCUUGGCUGUAUCGCCAUUCUAUGACUUGCCGAUUGGCCAUCACAGACAUCCCUAUUAUAUGGCCUUAAUUGGUGGCGACGCACCUCAACGACAAGAAGAAGGCGGUGGACCAGUCUCAGCCAUUGGCAAGGAUGGUUUCCAAGUUUGCAUGGACGUACAGCAAUUCAAGCCCAGCGAGCUGAAUGUCAAAGUCACCGAUAACUGUGUCAUUGUCGAGGGCAAACAUGAGGAACGUGAAGACGACCAUGGCUACAUCUCCAGAAGCUUCACCAGGCGCUAUGUCUUGCCCAAAGGCUAUGAUCCCAAUAAAGUUGUAUCGACUCUCUCGUCCGAUGGUGUACUGACAGUCAGCGUUCCCAAGCCACAAAUCGAAGAGAAAUCCAAUGAGCGUAUUAUUCAAAUCCAACAGGUUGGUCCAGCCCAUCUCAAUGUAAAGCAGAACCCCAAGGAAUCCGAAGGUGGUGAUAAGAAGAAGCCGGAAGAGGAAAAGAAAAAAUAA